GCGGGGCGACGCCAAGCUCCGUCCUGCUCCCAUGGCCGCCCCCGGCUCCCGGUGCUGCCCCCUCUGCCCCGGGCCGCGCCCGGGGGUCCCGCACUGACGGCCCAUGGCGCCGCCCGCCGCCCGCCUCGCGCUGCUCUCCGCCGCUGCGCUCACUCUGGCGGCCCGGCCCGCGCCCGGUCCGCGCCCCGGCCCCGAGUGUUUCACAGCCAACGGUGCAGACUAUAGGGGAACACAGAGCUGGACAGCACUGCAAGGUGGGAAGCCAUGUCUGUUCUGGAACGAGACUUUCCAGCAUCCAUACAACACGCUGAAAUACCCCAAUGGGGAAGGAGGUCUGGGUGAGCACAACUACUGCAGAAAUCCAGAUGGAGACGUGAGCCCUUGGUGCUACGUGGCUGAGCACGAGGACGGUGUCUACUGGAAGUACUGUGAAAUCCCUGCCUGCCAGAUGCCUGGAAACCUUGGCUGCUACAAGGAUCAUGGAAACCCACCUCCUCUCACGGGCACCAGUAAAACAUCCAACAAGCUCACCAUACAAACCUGUAUCAGCUUUUGUCGGAGUCAGAGAUUCAAGUUCGCUGGGAUGGAGUCAGGCUACGCAUGCUUCUGUGGGAACAACCCUGACUACUGGAAGCACGGGGAGGCAGCCAGCACCGAGUGCAAUAGUGUCUGCUUCGGGGACCACACACAGCCCUGCGGUGGGGACGGCAGGAUUAUCCUCUUUGACACUCUCGUGGGCGCCUGCGGUGGGAACUACUCAGCCAUGGCAGCCGUGGUCUACUCCCCUGACUUCCCUGACACCUACGCCACUGGGCGGGUCUGCUACUGGACCAUCCGGGUUCCGGGAGCCUCUCGAAUCCAUUUCAACUUCACCCUAUUUGACAUCAGAGAUUCUGCAGAUAUGGUGGAGCUGCUGGAUGGCUACACCCACCGCGUCCUGGUCCGGCUCAGUGGAAGGAACCGCCCACCUUUGUCCUUUAAUGUCUCUCUGGAUUUUGUCAUUUUGUAUUUCUUCUCUGAUCGCAUCAACCAGGCCCAGGGAUUUGCUGUCUUGUACCAAGCCACCAAGGAGGAGCCACCACAGGAGAGGCCUACCAUCAACCAGACCCUGGCAGAGGUGAUCACCGAGCAAGCCAACCUCAGCGUCAGCGCUGCCCACUCCUCCAAAGUCCUCUAUGUCAUCACCCCCAGCCCCAGCCACCCUCCGCAGACCGCCCCAGGUAGCCAUUCCUGGGCACCAUCGGUUGGGGCCAGCAGCCACAGAGUGGAAGGAUGGACCGUGUACGGCCUGGCGACCCUCCUCAUCCUCACAGUCACAGCCAUUGUUGCAAAGACUCUUCUGCACGUCACAUUUAAAUCUCAUCGAGUUCCUGCUUCAGGAGACCUUAGGGCCUGCCGCCAGCCUGGGGCUUCUGGGGAAAUCUGGACCAUUUUCUAUGAACCUUCCACUACAAUCUCCAUCUUUAAGAAGAAGCUCAAGGGUCAGAGUCAACAAGAUGACCGAAAUCCCCUCGUGAGUGACUGAAGCCCCACACCUAGAUGGGAGGCUCCACUCCAAGUUCGAGCUUGCCACAGCCCCUCCCCCUGAGUUUUCCUCUGAGAACUUCCUUGCCUCUCCAUUUGCCUCCAUCUCUUUUGGGGGCACCCUGUUGCAAAGGCAGCCCAGCCUGGAGUCCUCCGUCACCUGUACCAGCCUGGCCGCCCUGCAGCUUCGUCUCCAUUGGGAUGUGAAGACCAGGCCCAGACUGACAGGACACAGCUGGGGCUGACUCUACAAGACUCUUGGGUGGUGGGGAGGCGUGGAAAGGAGUAGCGUAGGAUGAGUUUUCUUCUUCUUCUAUAUUUUGUCCACAUACAGAUCAGUUUCCCCUGGUCUUUAUAGUUUGCAACAGAACCAGACUGAAAGAAUUCUCAGGUUUUCUUAGGCUGGCCUGGUUCCCCACUGAAUGUGGUCUCAUGGGCGUUAUCCCCCCAAAGGCCCGGAGGCCCAGUCUAGCCUUGGAGCUUUCUCUGCUGCCAACUACGAUGUGUCAUCUAGUCUGAGGGGACUGAGAACAGGGCCACACCAGACAUCUUCUUUCUAGAGGGUUCUUUUCAGUAUCCACUGACCAGUGAGGCAAGCCUGAGGAUUGGUCCAUCUGUCUGUCCACAGAACAGACACAGUGACCUCAAGUAGUUCCCAAUCCUGUGGAAUCUGAAUUCAGCCUGUCUUUCUGUCCUCAGCCAAAUCCUACUUCAGAAUCAGGGGUUUAAAGACUGUAGCCUAGAGCCGGGGCUGUAGCUCAGUGGUGGAGAGCUUGCCUUAUAUCCAUCAGGCCCUAGGUUCUAUCCUAGUACUGCCAAAAGUGGGGGAGAGAAAAAGAUUGUAACAUAGCAUGCGGGCAGUAUUUGUAGUUCCUGCAUGAGGCAUCUAUCAUUUUAAAAGAAGAUCAAAACUAUCAAGAGCUUUGUCCUCUUGCCCUUAUCAAGGGAACAGAGUAGUUAGGAGUAAGGGCUCUUGUCUUGCCCUUUGUCCCUCAGACAGGGAGGCAGGAAAAGGCCAGGCUUGGGAACUGGAGAUCCUGCCAGGUGCAGUUGGGAGAGGAAGAAGGGCCAUGCCUGACUGAGAAGCCCUACAGUCUGGAAGUGGCCUUUGUCAGCAGCAGCUGAGAGGAACAGCCUGUGCCCUGAAGGUGGACCUUGGUCACUUUCCUGCCAGCCCUUGAGCCUCUGCUCUCCUGGGUGCCAUCCUGGAACACUGCGCUCACCUUCCCCAAGUCUCUCGGCCACUGCCAUCGAGGCCUUUCAUAAGGUUCGGGUAUUCUCAUCUGCAGCUGCUGCCCCCAGGAUUGUAUGGGACCAUCUGGGAAUCCUCCUCAAGGAGAGGCAGUAGGAGUACAGACGAGGCAGUGACCAGAGCUGAUGGGUAGAGAGGUAACCAGAGGAGGAGCAUUGUAUCUAACAGUGGGCUGGGGUGCUGGCCCGGCUCCUACGGGAGGCCAGCGGGGGUACAAAGCUACUAUGGGUCAUCAUCCCACUUUGAUCUGGGAAAGGCUACAGUCUCCUGGGUAUGAAGACAGGCCCACCACAUACAAAGACCACUGGAAAGAGACUGACAGGAACAGGUUCCACUCUAAGCUAUCCAUAGUGUUUGCAGGAUCUCCCCUGAGACCAAGUGUUGAGUCACAGAGCACCAUGUGCAUAGUACAUAGAGGAUGUGGGUUCUUUCCCAGGGAAGGCUUGCUGGCCAGGACAUUUGUUCAGCGCUGGCCCAGGCUUCCGCUAGGCCACCAUUCACCUGCUUCUUCAUAUCUCAGACACAGGAAGCCAAGCCCAGUGUGGUGGCAGCUGCAGCUCAGCAUUGGUGUCCUCAGGAAGGGCAGUGGAUGUGCCCACGCUCUUGCUUUGGGCCUGGCACAGCCCAGCACUGCAGGAUCCACUUUUGAGGGGGGUGCAUGGAAGGAAAACUAACUCACUUCCAACGACAGCAGGGGACAGUGGGAAGGGCUGUAAAUCACCCAGGCCAGACCUCCAGAAAUGACAGUCUCAGUCUGUUAAAACCUGUAGCUGUAGGCAGCCGGUCACAGAGGGCCUCUGUGCUGAUAAACACCCUGCCUGGAGCAGAGGUAAGCCUGAGGGAGAAGAGCGGCCCAGAAGACUCUCCACCCUCAGAGACAUCAGCUAGAGGCAUAGGUGCCCUGGCUCCUUCCCUUCCUGUCACUGUCACACUGCUUACAAAGCAGAGACAGCUGGAUAGAAGCCUUCAUCCUCUCCCACAUCAGCAAGGCUGGGGCUGAGGCCACAUAAAAUGAGCAGAGACCAGAGUUCUGGACUUCUCAAAUAUGGGCUCUGGCUUCAGACUCCACAGCCAAAAGCUCUUGAAGAUCAAAGCUCUGGCGGGUACAGCUGCCCUAGCCUCUGGGCCAGCCCAUGGGAUGUGCCUGGGCCAGGUGCCACCCCAUGCCUCACUGUCAUCCCAGGAGGGACCCCACCUGAUGCUCCUCAUCAGCCACUAGCCUGGCACUAUCAGAGCUUGCACAGGCUGUUGCCAAGGACAGUCCACACUUGACCUUCAAGAGCACUUAGAAGUGGCUGGCCUCCUAGACUCUGUCCUCUCUGCAGGGGCCACGCAGGUUUCCCAGGCCAAGUCCUCACUCCAAAAGCUUCCAUGGUUCCCUGGCUCCUCUGCAUGUGGAAUCUCCUGUUUGCUGUCUGAGGUGGGCUCUGGGUACCGCCCUGGGAACUGCUAGCCUCUGAUUGGUCCUUUUGUGUCUGUGUUUACUGUCCCUUUCUACCUCCAGGCCACUCAGCUCUGGCUGCUCUGGCUGAGGUGGGGGGCCCUGCCGGCUGCACCCCCACCCUGGUCUGCCAACAGAACCUGGGGGCCACACACAGGCUCCUGUCUUGCCAAGCUGGAGCUGAGCACACUGGCCGAGGCUAAGUGGGGCAGGGUGGACAAGCAGGAGGGGAAUCUCUCACGUCAGAGGGAAGUGUCCAGAGGUGUGUAUGGAGGGAUCCUUUCUAGCCAGCACAGAGAGCUGCAAUCCCCGUCACCUUCAUACCACCAAGACCUUCCCAUUUCCAGUCUCACCCUCCAGCAGGGAUAGGACUUUGGACAACAAGGCUUUAUUUGUAAAUAUGUUCUUAAUAUGCAACUUUGAGAAUAAAAUAGAAACAUCAUGUAUUUUAAAGUAUAAAAUGAAGUGUGACACACUGUAUACAAUUUAAUAUAUAUUUUUAGGAUUUUGUUAUUUAAGAAAAUGGAAUGUGAUGGUACUUAACUUUUACAAAAGAGAGAAAAAUGUUAUUUUUACUGUUUGAAGAAAAUAAAUAUUCUCAUUGUUGUAGAAACUGU